UUGGGGAGGCCAGCACGUAGCCAGGACUCUACAGGGAGGCAGUGCAGGGGCAGAGCUCAUCUGCGCCCCGCUGUGGCACUGCCCACAGGCUGGCUGUGGCUUGCUCUGAGAGGCACUCCCUUCGUUCUCCUGCCCAUUUUGAGCCACCGGGAGCCAAUGCCCAGCGGUGCCAUGGCCCAGGACAAGACGCUGUCCCUGGAGAGUGCGGAGUUACUGCCCCCAGCAUCUUGCCCAGGGCCUGUAGACAGCCCAUUUGGGCUUGGGGGGCUACCAAGAGCCCCUCCUCCGUGUGUGAGAAGGAGGGGGCACCGAGUCAGGUAGGUGACAUGGGGCCUCUCUCACCUGUGUCCGCAGAGCAACAGGAGGAAGUUGGAGGACCUGAGUGGAGGCUGUGACACAGACGUGGCCAAUGUCUAAGCUGCACAGGAUCCAACAGCAAAGGAAGCACAGUUCCCCCCGCUCCCAGCAGCACCCCGAGCAAGAGACAACAUUCUUACGGCCCAUGGACCAGACGUUUGUCCCAAUGUCAAGAGAAGUGCAGUCUUCCCCACCCUGGCUGAAGGAAAUGAAUGUCCCUGCUCCCCUCCCUGAAAACAUCAGCUUUCUGAGCUUGAGCGAGCAGCAGACCCCGAAGGCCAAGGAGUCCGAGUGCAACCUGUACAACGUGUACGAGCAGAAGGUGCGCCCCUGCAUCGACCUCAUCGACUCCCUGCGGGCCCUGGGCGUGGAGCAGGACCUGGCCCUGCCCGCCAUCACCGUCAUCGGGGACCAGAGCUCUGGCAAGAGCUCCGUGCUGGAGGCUCUGUCGGGCGUGGCCCUCCCCAGAGGCAGCGGAAUCAUCACCAGGUGUCCUCUGGAGCUGAAAAUGAAGAAGCAGCCGUGGGAUCAGGCCUGGAAUGGGACAAUCAGCUACCGGGGAGUGCGGCUAACGCUGAAGGACCCCUCGCAUGUGGAGAGAGAGAUCCGAAAAGCCCAGGACAUCAUCGCUGGCAGCGACAUGGGCAUCAGCCAUGAGCUCAUCUCCCUGGAGAUCACGUCGGGCGAGGUGCCUGACCUGACCCUCAUCGACCUGCCCGGCAUAGCCAGGCUGCCCGUGGGCAAUCAGCCCCAGGACAUUGGCAAGCAGAUCAAGGCGCUCAUCCGGAAGUACAUCCAGAGGCAGGAGACCAUCAACCUGGUGGUGGUGCCCUGCAACGUGGACAUCGCCACCACGGAGGCGCUGAGCAUGGCCCGGGAGGUGGACCCCGACGGGGACCGGACCAUAGGAGUCCUGACCAAACCAGAUCUCGUGGACAGGGGCACCGAGACCGGCAUCCUGCAGGUGAUGCAAAACCUCACGUACCACCUCAAGAAGGGCUACAUGAUGGUGAGGUGCCGGGCCCAGCAGGAGAUCCUCAACGAACUGACCUGUGCUGAGGCGAUCAAGAAAGAAAUGCAGUUCUUCCAAACGCAUCCAUACUUCAGAGUCCUCCUGGAAGACGGGCAAGCCACGGUGCCCUGCCUGGCCAAGAGACUGACCAAGGAACUCAGUAUGCACAUCAGAAGAUCCCUGCCGCUGUUGGAAACCCAGAUAAGAGAGCGCUACCAGCAGGCCACUGAGGAACUGUGCCAGUAUGGGGAGGACAUCCCCAAGCUGGAGGUCGACAAGAUUCUCUUCCUGAUUAAGAAAGUCAAGUUGUUUAACAAGGACAUUGAGAAGUUGGUGGAGGCGGAGGAGCUUGUACAAGGCAAGGAGACACGCAUGUACCACAAGGUCCGUGAGGAGUUCAAGGCCUGGGACAGCAUGCUGAGUAGCAACAACCAGCAAGCGAAAAACAGCAUCCAGGCAGAAAUCUCCAAAUACGAAAGCCAGUACCGGGGGAAGGAGCUUCCUGGCUUCAUCAGCUACAAGACCUUUGAGAGCAUCGUACAGCAGCACAUCAGGCAGCUGCUCAGCCCUGCGCUGCAGGUGGUCCUCAAAACCGCCGAAAUCGUCCAUCAGGCUUUCUGUGAAGUGGCUGUCAAGCAUUUCAACGACUUCUUCAACCUUCAUCAGAUGGUCCAGAACAAGAUCAAGAACUUAAAAGAGGUACAAAUGGAGAAGGCAGAGCGCAUGGUGCGGCUGCAGUUUGACAUGGAAGGACUCAUCUACUGCCAGGACAAGAUCUACAGCGCGGUUCUCCAGGACGUCCGCCAGGAGGCGUCUCAGCCCCUGGCGAAGCCAGCACAGACCCUCCCCAUGGCCAUCCUGGGGACGCCCAGCAACCCAUCUGCCGUCUCCUGCAAGACUGAAAUCGCCACCCAUGUGGAGGCAUAUUGCUUGGAAGCCAGCAAGCGUCUUUCCAACCAGAUCCCGCUGCUGGUUCAGUUCUUCAUCCUCUGGGAGAACGGCGACUACCUGCAGAAAACCAUGAUGGAGAUGCUGCAGGAGAAGGACAAGUGUGCCUGGCUGCUGCAGGAGCACGGCGAGAUGGCCACCAAGCGGCAGCUGCUCAAGGACAGGAUCCACAGGCUCAGCCAGGCGCGCAGCAGGCUCUGGCAGUUCUCCAAAGAGGGGACACCCUGAAGGGGUCCCGGUGCCUCCAGGCAGCACCCUGAGCUGCAUCUGCCACUGGCUCCUGCCCUCACGUUCUCAUGCCACAGGCACUGCCCAGCGUGGGGCUGGGCAGUCUCCCAGAGCACAGGGGCCAUGUAAUGACAGCUCAGGGCUGUAAGGGGCUGGGAUGGUCCAGGACCGUCUCUGCCAUCCAGACCUUAGGAGCUUCGGCUGUCACUUUCAGGGAUGGAGGGGGAUACAGAGGGAACCUCCUCCCACAGUUGCAGCCCUGGAGGCUCCCAGUCCCUAGAGGCACCUAUCCCUCCCUCUGCCAGCCAAAUUCCCAUGGCAGGGGCCUCUGUGACAUCCCAAAAAGGAAUUUUAACAAGGCAAAGCAUUUUACUGGACUUGGAACUUCACACCAAACCAGAGGCCCACAUGGUAGGGAGGGCGGGUAGCUGUGUUUUCUUCUCGAUGCUGUGCUGUUUCUCAAAGGUCAGACAAUAAAAAUUAUGCUUCGCUA